CCUCAACAGCAGAGCACGGGCGCUAUAUCCGCAAUCGCUAGCUCUUCGCCACUCCCACGACAGCGGGUGGCGAAAACAGAUUGCUAGUAACAGGAUCAGCUGAUCCGUUUCAGUUUAGUAUAAAUCAAGCAGGGCAGAAUGAAUUGGAUUUCAGUUGUCCUCUGCCUCGGGCUCAUCACACUCCAGCACUCCAGUCAUCCAGCUCGGACUGGUUUGCACGAGCUGAUCACCUCUGUACUGGUGCCCGUGCCAUGGUGGUGUAGCCGCCAUCAAGCAGGUCGUGCAGCAUUCAGCAGGCAGAGUUGACCCGGAAACCAUCAACGCCGCUGGCAGAACAAUGGAGAGUCUGGUGCGACCGCAUUUUGUCGGCACUCGUCCGACGCUGAUGGACGAGCUUGUCGAGCAAGGUUACGACCUCAAGUGGCGAGAGCGGACACUGGAGACAAUCAAGCCAAACGUGGACGAUCAGGAUCACCACGUCAAGCCACCCUACUCGUACGUAGCUCUCAUUGCCAUGGCCAUUCUCCAAUCGGAGGAUGGCAAACUCACCCUAACCCAGAUCUACAACUUUAUUGAGGAACGAUUUCCGUACUAUCGCAACCUGCGACCGUCCAAAGGCUGGAAGAACUCCGUCAGACAUAACCUGUCCUUGAACAAAUGCUUCUAUCAGGAGAAGACCAGAGGUCGGGAGAGAAAAGGAGGCCACUGGAUGGUGGCACCGAACUGCGAGCACAUGUUUGAAAGAGGCAACUACAAGAGACGAAGGCGGAUGAGACGUCCGAAUGAAGAUCAAUUGCCGGGCCACUACAAACCGUCGCCGUACGCGCUUGGCCACUACACUGACGACGAGACGGACGUGAAGAUGCAGCUUCGACUCUGGCAACAGCAGCAACACCAACAGCAGCAACACCAACAGCAGCAACACCAACAGCAGCAACACCACCAGCAGCAACACCAACAGCAGCAGCAGGCCUGGCAAGCUCACUCUGCAGCACUUGGCAUGCAUGCAAUGGCGGCACCGACAAUGUACAGUAACAGAAGUAGCAUUGGUCUACACCUACAAGCACCCAGCCUUGCUCUACCUGUCUAUCAGCAUGAUACAAUGCCCGCACCUUCCCCAUUCGUACCUCCAUCACCAUAUUACCAGCCCGAGAGUAGAAGAAGGAAAGAGGAGGAUACAGUGUCAAUAGCAGCAUCACCACCAGCAGCAGCACCAACCGAAGCACCAGCAGCAGCACCAACCGAAGCACCAGCAGCAUCACCAGCAAGCACAGCGCUUCUGAGCAGGACUAGCCUGAGACCACCACCACCUUCACGAUCAUCUUCAACGAUGGAUACCAAAUUGCUGGACGACCUUCUGGACGCGGACAUUGACUCGUUGCUGCCAGAGGCUGUAUCCCUUGUACUGUCCGACUCAUUCAUAGACAGUCCCAUAAGUUGCAGCAGCACAGACCCUGGUAGCAGCAGUGACACGGAUCUGGACGAGCGUGUCGUUGGUGAGCUAAUCUCCGACCUGAGUAGCCCUUGCUCAUCACCAUCGCCAUCCCUGUCAGCGCUGAGUCCGUGCAGCAGUGCGUCAUCCUGGGAUGACAACAGCAGCACAAGCUCAGAGGAUAGCAGUAGUCUGUCACUACCCUCCUUGUUCUGCGAUGAUCUACUUGCACAAAAAUGCCAAGACAUCGAGAGUUUGCUGAGCAUCGACACAGAUCAACUGUUCAGCUUCUCCCUGGAAUCUCCAGAGUCCAAGGCAGACAGUGACGACGACGAGGAAUCAAAACUUGUCAUUGCCCUUGACUAUGCAGCCACUGACGAUGAUGAUGAGGAGGAGGAUGGUGGUGAUGUUCCUUUCGAAAGCACUCUAACAGCAUCACCUGUACUAUUGGCGACAUGCAUCAUUCCAGAUGCUACCUUGGAUUGGCUGAAGGAAAUGUCUAUGGCUGAGCCAUCACUAUCAUUUGGUCACGCAGGUGGCGAGAUAUCCCUAUUAAGCAAUGACCCGGUGGAGAAGCCAGAGAAGACGGGCUUGCUAGAUCCGGAAGGAAAUCUCUGGGACAUUGGCAAAGACGUAUUGAUCUAA